GUCAUUACUGUAUAUAUUAAAAGUAUCCUAGGUCGACUGCACUCACAUUUAAAUUCACUUAUAGCCAUAAGUGGACUGAAUUUAAAUAUGAGUGCUGUAAUGAUACUAUAUGUGAAACUCCAUAUGUUUUUGCUGUAACACACAGACAUGUCCAAAAGUGUGGCCCGCGGACCAGUCGCGGCCCAUCUUCUGACGACAUAUGGGAUGGCACCUUUAUAGUAAUAUUACGGCUUUAUUCUCAUAAAUUAACCACUUUUUUUUUUUCUCAAUUUUUAUUUGAAUUUUUUUAAAAUUCACAAUGUGGCACCAGCGUUGCAGAUCAUCCUGUUUUUUUUUUUGUAUUUUUUUUUUUUAUAUAUACAGAGAGAAUGAUACCCAGGUUCUGACUAGUCCAGUCACUGCAUCAUGCAGUUUAAGUUUGCCGUUCAAAACCCUCAGGUAUUGUGUUUGUGAAGUGGAAAACCCAGUCUCUAAUGAAUAAAGACUGGAAGAAGAGAAUCAACAGAAGUUGUUUCUGUCGAUAACCUCUACAGGGGAGAGGCUGUACGGUGCUGGCACAUUUCUUCACAGGGCUUUUGAUGAAACUGAAGAAAACAUGAUUAAAAAUGUAUAAAGCUCAGUGUACUUUUACCAACGCGGUGUAACAGGAGAAACUGCCUUGUUUGUGCUCCAUGCCAGUUACUGCACUGUGGACUUUUAACGGAAUUCUAACUGUCCUCGUUUGGCUCAACAUCACACGGUUCUGUAGGAGACCCUGUACAUACAGUACAUGGGUUUCCUGUGUGUAUAAGUGUAGAAAAAGAAGCUGGUACAGUGGUGCGACGGGUUCCUGUGAUCACCACUGUCGGCCGUUGUAAUUGGACACACAGUGUCUCCUGUUAUCCGAUUACUGUCCAGCAUUUCUGAAUGUGUUCAGAGACAGCGUAGGUUCAAACGCCACACAGGAUGGAGGACAACCUAAAGAAGAAUCUAACUUUCUUCACUAUCGGACUGAUAUUCAUGCUGAGCGGAAUAGAGUAUGCUGUCAUUCUGCCUACGAUAUGGAAGUAUCUGCAGCUUUUGGAGGCCCCUCCGUACUUUCUGGGCCUGGGACUGUCUGCCUUCAGUUUGAGCGGGCUGCUCACAGGUCCGAUAUUUGGAAUCUGGUCAGAUCGGGCCAAAUCCACAAAGUUCAUUAUUCUGUUUUCCAACUGUUUCGAGAUUGCUGGAAACUUUAUGUAUUUUAUUGGCUAUUCAAAAUGGCUGUUGUUGUGCAGUCGCCUGGUGGCAGGUGUCGGUGCAGGAGCGGGAUCCUCCAUCUUUGGUUUCUUGACCCAAAGAACGCAGCCGGAGGAACGAGCCAGUAUCUUUGCAGCAAUCAUGGCCUGUCGACAAGUAGGCCUCCUUGUUGGGCCGGUGUUCAACCUGUUCCUGAGGCUGUGUGAUUUCAAACUGGGGCCCUUUGUUGUGAACAAGUAUACAUCUCCUGGGAUAUUCAUGUGCCUGUUGUGGCUGCUGAUCCAGUGUGUUGUUGUCUUCAUGUACUGGGACGUACCACCCCUCAGCUCGGAGGACGGAGCGGUGACACUGGAGAUGAAGCGAGGGGGGAAUGACGACGACGGCGGCGGCGACGACGAGGAGGAAGUGCCGCUGAUGCCAUCAGGAGGCGAGGAGUCGGCCCCCGCCUACAGGGCGCUCGGCUCCGAGCAGCUGGAGAUCGACGCCUCGUCUGAGACUCAUUGCGAACGCUGCGUCACGUCGACUUCAAACCCCUUCAGGAACUUCAGCCUGAGCAGAGAGUUCUUGAGAGAGGAGGUGGUUGUUCUUCUCACGGCUCAGUUCAUCACGCUCUUCAAUCAGACAGCGCUGGAGACCAUGGUGACUCCAAUGACGCAGCGCUACUUCGGCUUCGCUGAGCUGGGAAACAGCCUGAUGUACGGUCUGUGUGGGGUGGAGGUCAUCCUGGGCUUCUUCUUCGUGCGGUGGCUGAGCAGUAAGGUAGCAGACCGUGUGGUGCUCAUGGUGGGCCUGGUCAUUUGCUGCGCCGCCUGCGUCUGGUCCCUCAUCUUCCUCUGCGACCCCAGAGGUGGUUAUGAAUGGGAGCUGACAGCCUUUGUCGUCGGAGUGUUCCUGCAGCUGCUGGGUCUCCCCUUCGUGGCGGUGUCUCAGGUGUCUCUCUUCUCCAAAGUCACGGCAGAGAAAACACAAGGGUUCAGCCAGGGCGUCAGACGCUCGGUCGGAGGCCUAGCCACCAUCUUGGGUCCGCUGUGGGCCGGAGGACUGACCAACCAUUUGUACAUCAUGCUGGGGAUGAUGCUGGCUCUUCUGAUGAUGAUCACGGUUAUGGCAGUGUUGUCUUACGAGCAUCUGGCUGAGCCGCGGACAGUGCAGAGCGCCCAGAGCUCAGACAGCGGAGGCUAACGACGCAGGCAGUGUGAGGAGCAGCACGGACAGAUGGACAGAUGGACAGAUGGACAGGAGACAAUCUUCUUCGCUCCUCAGAGUCUGCAGUCAUUUACUGCAGAGAUGUGGAACAAGAAGUUCUCCUUACAGGCCUGUCUUGCAGGUCGUAUAUUUCCAUCUGUCCGAGUUUGUUCCUGGAGAACGUGUUUUCCUCUUCUUCAGUCAGAUCGGAUUUGUCAUCUUCAUCAACCUGGUCUCCUGCUCCAAGGGCCUCUUCCUCCUCCAGGAACUCCUCCUCUUCAAUAUAUAAAAAUAAAAAUAUAAGAAAAUAAAAAUGACUAAACAUUUUUUAACCCCUGU